AAACUCAUUAACCGAAGUUCGACUGUAUUCAUCAUUCCACUAACCUCUAACUCCUACGUGUUUAUUUGUCUUUUUGGUAUAUUGUACACAUUUGCACAUUUCGCCGCUAACAGAAAUUACUGUUGGGUUGUCGCGGCCCUGGCUGCCAUGGUAACCCAGCCGCGUCUAACUCUGCGUUGCAUUCCCCUGGGACAGUCCUUUCGAUCCGACUGGUACGCUGGCUGCUUUUGCUUUCGCUUUUGGCAAUUCGGCGCUUGGGAGGAGGUCAUCGUGGACGAUCGCCUUCCUGUCCGACCUGGUGGACGUCCUUUGUUUGUGCAUUCCAACCGGCAGACGGAAUUCUGGCCUGCCCUGUUGGAGAAGGCCUACCAAGACAUAUUGUCAAACAAAAAGAACAUCCGCAAAAAAAAAACUUUAAUUAGAUAUUCAGCGGACGAAUUUCUGCGCAUAAUACCUUUUUCUAAGGUAAUGUCGAAACGAAAAUGGAGAUUUUUGGGGAGUUUUUUGAAUGAACCUCAAGAUCAAUGA